AUGCACGGCGUGGUACAAGAACUUGACGCGAGCCAGAAAGGCGUAUGCGUCCGCGAAUCACUUCUCCCGGAAGAGCAGACCAUCAAAGCCCAACGCUCUAGAUCAGAAUCCGCGAGCGGCACAGAGUUCAACAAACAAGCGCCUCUAUCACAAACAUGGCUGUGGUGGAAGCUUGAGAUCCUCAGCUGGUGCGGAAGCUUCUGCUGCUUCGUUGCCAUUGUCGUCGUCAUGCGGAGUUUCGAGGGACAGCCACUACCUCACUUGCAGUUCGGAAUAGCGCCCAAUGCGGUCAUCGGAGUGUUAGCUACGCUUACUGAACUGUUGCUCGUCGUUCCUGUCAGAACAGGAAUCGGACAAGUGAAAUGGCUGCAAGCAGUUCGAAAAAGGCCGAUGGAUGAUUUUCGAUCAAUUGAUGAAGCUAGCAGAGGCCCGUGGGGAAGCAUUUUACUUCUUACUCAAAGAAAAGGCGGAUUGACAGGCUCCUUCAGCGCUGUCGUCAUCAUCCUCGCGCUUGGAAUGGCCACAUUUACCCAACAAGCCCUGAGCUAUCACGUCGUCUUUCCGCAAAGCAAUGAUGCUCAGAUGCCGGUUGCUAAUAUUAUGAAUGGUACAGGGUGGGCACAGCUUGCGGAUGGGACAAACGUGUAUGGCAUCGAUCCACAAAUGCUGUCUGCUCCAUAUGUUGGACUGUUCAGUCGACCCGACACUGCCUUCACCGCCAAAACCCAUUGCGCUACGAGCAACUGCACCUGGGAACCAUAUGAAACACUGGGCGUAUGCAACACUUGCGUAGACCUGACUUCGAAGCUUCGGAAAAUCAAAGCAACUGCUGAGAUGAUCCUCGUAGGGCAAGAUCGCGAAGAGAAAAAGGCGUACUAUACCACAAAUCAUUACGCUCUGCCAAAUAAUUUCACCCUGAUGGGAAAACAGUCAGGAGAGAUCUACUCAGCAAGUGUAUUGCAAUCGAAUGGAUUGCUGAACCUCUCCACGACGUUGAGUGGACCAAAAGGUGGGUCUAACAUCUAUGCUGAGAAGCCCGGACAAACCUGGGCGUCAGUCGCCUUCGCCAACAACGGCUCAAAACUCUUCAGCGUUCUGGGUGUAGGGCCUUUGAACGGUAGUUUCAUCGAACAGCCAGACUCAAACUUUACCACCAAAGACACCGGAAAUGUCAACGCGCCUCCUGUUGCGUUUCAGUGUUUACUCCAAUACUGUGUUCGCACCAUGCGCGCCGCUGCUACCAAUGGAUCAAUCUACGAGACUGAGGUGUCAAGGUGGACAGACCAGACGCAGUCCUUCUACAAUGCGAGCGGGUACUUCACAGAUAUAGUGCUCCAUCCGCCUGGGUCCCCGACAGCUUUUCGUGUGAAUGGAUACGCCGGUGGGACCCUAUCCAAAUGGUCAUCAACGUAUCUGGAGGGUGAUGUGACCGGCUGGCGCAAUCUAUCCACUCUUCCUGCCGGCCUUGUUGGGUACGACUCGCAAGUGCAGGAAAUCAUUGCGCCCUCGUCACUGUUUGUUCAGCCUAUCUACCAGGCCAUGAACGAAUCCAACACCGGUUUUCCGGAUCUAAUGCAAAACCUCGCCGAGGCAAUGUCACUUGGACUGAGGAACCUGCCGUAUCAGCCCGCUCCUGUUCGAGGCAGAGCUUUCACAACUACCACCCGCGCCGUCGUUACAUGGCCAUGGCUGAUCUUGCCUGCACUCGAGCUCGUAGGUAGUCUGGCUUUCUUAAUUGCGAUCAUGGUCGAGACGCGGAGGAGGAACAUGGUGCCCUGGACGAACAAUGUGUUGGCGUACUUCUUCCACGGGCUGCGGCAGCCGGUAGUGGAAGAGAGGCUUUUGAGUCCAGCUCAGAUGGAGGAAAAGGCGAAGGGGCUGCUUAUAAAGUUUUGGAAAGAUAAAGAUGGGGGUCAGUUGGUGGUAGAAAAGCAGUAA